CAACGCCCCGUGAAGCAGUCCCUGAGCGCCUGCAUGUGCCGAGAGUCCCACUGGAAAUGCCUCCUCCUCUCCAUCCUCAUGUAUGGCUGCCUGGGUGCGGUGGCCUGGUGUCAGCUGGCCCGGGUCACCAAGCUCAGCUUCGAUAGCUCCUUCAAGGGCAAGUCCAUGAUCUACCAUGACAGCCCGUGCUCAGACGGCUACGUCUAUAUCCCGCUGGCCUUCCUCUCCAUGCUGUACGUGGUGUACCUGGUGGAGUGCUGGCACUGCCACGUCAAGAGAGAGCUGCAGUACAAGGCAGACGUGGACAGUGUCUAUGAAUGCAUCAACCGCAUGCAGCAAGCCACUCCGUGCAUCUGGUGGAAGGCCAUCAGCUACCACUUUGUGCGGCGAACCCGGUACCGCAACGGCGAUGCCUACACCACCACACAAGUCUAUCACGAGAGGGUCAACACACACGUGGCUGAAGCCGAGUUUGACUACUCUCACUGUGGGUACAAAGACAUCUCCAAGGAACUCCUGGGCCUGGAGAGCUACACAGCCACCAAGCUGAGGUUCACCAAGUGCUUCAGCUUUGCCAAUAUUGAGUCUGAGAACUCUUACCUGACUCAGAGGGCUCACUUCUUCACAGAGAUAGAGGGGCUGGAUGACUACAUGGAGGUGAGGGAAGGCAUGCAGCUCAAGAACGUGGACUUUAAAGAGCUGAUGAUGGCUUAUGGGGACCCGGAUCACCUCCCAUGGUACGUGUCCCACUACGCUUUCUGGGUGGCAGCUAUCCUGAUGAUCUCGUGGCCGCUCAGGGUACUCAUAGAGUAUCGAACUGCUUACGUGCACUACCAUGUGGAGAAGCUGCUGGGCCUGGAGUACACGGCACCCGCAGCGGCGGAGGAGCCCUUGUACCGCUACCGCAUGCCCCGGGACGCCACGCAGGACAGCACCGAGCUGGAGUGGCACAUCUGCACCAACCGCCAGCUGAUCCCCAGCUACUCAGAGGCCAUGCUCAUGGACCUGGCCAACUCCCCAGCCUACAACAGCUACGCGGUGUGCCGGUACGGCGAGGCGUCCCACGCCUGCGAACGCUGUAACCAUGCCUCCAGCACCUCCUCCAUCUUCUCCCGCCACGCUUUCCACAGCUGCAGUGGCAACUCCCGCCUCUCCCUCAACACCAGCCGCUUCUCCCUCUGCCGUGUCCACGGCUCCAGGAGCCGCAGCAGCAGCAUCGCGGACCGGGGCUGCCAGGAUGAGCAGUGCUGCUCCUACUCCAGCCAGCUGGCUGUCAACGAAAACCCCCCCACCUACCAUGAUGCCCGCUUCUUCCCCGUCCUGAUUGUGCACAGGCCAGAGGGGCACGAUGGGCGGCAUUUCUAUGUCAGGCGUUCCUCCUGUCUAGAAACCUCCCUGUGA